UGCGCAUGCUCAAAAUAAACUUCCGGUGUAAUAGCUAGACCUCAAAACUAACUUUAUAAACAAAUUCUCGCAUUUUAUGUUCAAAAAUGGCAAAUAUAGCAGUGGCCAGGAUAAAGAGAGAGUUUAAAGAAGUUAUGAAGAGUGAUGAGGUUGCUCAAUGUCAAAUACAAGUUGAAUUAGUAAAUGAUAACUACACAGAACUUCGAGGAACAAUACUGGGUCCACCUGACACACCAUAUGAUGGAGGAAAAUUUCAUCUAGAAAUCAAGAUACCUGAAACAUACCCAUUUAACCCACCAAAGGUAAAAUUUUCCACAAAAAUCUGGCAUCCAAAUAUUAGCAGUGUGACAGGAGCUAUUUGUCUAGACAUUCUCAAAGAUCAGUGGGCAGCUGCUAUGACAUUAAGAACUGUGUUAUUGUCGUUACAAGCCUUGUUAGCAGCAGCAGAACCAGAUGCCCCUCAAGAGUAUACAAAAAAAUACAAGAAAAUAAAAUUUUUUAACCCAAAAGAAGUUUGGACACAUGCAUUCAGAAGAUUUGCUUUAAACUUGGCUCAAAUUUACACCCCAAAAAGGCGAUGUGCAGAUCCCAUGCUGAGUCUAUACAGAGUCAAGGUUAAUGUCACACUUGAAUGUCCACAAAAAGAGGCAGAGCUAGAAGACAAAAUAAAUCAAGUUAAAAGUAUGGGCUUUGAUGAGCAUAAAGCACGAGUAGCUCUUUCAUCGGCCAACUGGAAUGUUGAAGCCGCAACAGAAACUCUAGUAAAUUCCUAACCCUGUGAUAAACAUAGUCUUCAAAUUGUAUAAUUGUGGAAUGAUUCCUGGCCUUGAGCUACAUAAUCUCUUGCUGUCCCUACAGUAGGCUGUCGAUGAUCUACAUGAGUGAUUGAAAUUUUUUAUAAAUGCAUACAUAUAUAUAUAUGAAAUAUAUACAUGAACAAAUCUGAGCCAGUUCACGAUAACAUUUUGUCAUGGAUAAAACAUUCAUUAUGUUUCCGGUCAUGGAUUUGUAAAGACCGUUGUUUGUUUUAUGGGUAAUUAUGUGUAAUUAUUUGAUGUUACAGAUUUAUUCUGUUAGGAUAUGAACUUAUAAUUCAGUCGCAGUUUUACCCAUUUUUAAAGUGAUAAAUAAGUGUUUGAUAAGAAUUUACUUAGCAAAAUUUACUAGGAACCUCUAGGAUUUGUUUCCAAUUGGAAAGAUAGCUUGACUGCCUAAAUUACACCAACAUAUUGUGUGUUUUUACAGUAAAACAUACAGGAAUUUGAUCAUGUAGAGUUAAAAUUCUUACUUUUUGCUGGAAUUUGUUUAUGUUUUUGUGCUUAUUACCUACAGUUGUGUGUGUAAUUCAAUAUUUUACAUUAAAAAAUAAAGUUUUCAGUACAGACUAACAAUUAUAAGUGAAUCUGUCAGAUGUUUGAGAUGGCAGGAUUUGUUAUACAGGCUGAAGUAAUAUUACAUAUCUUCAUUCUGCAAGCUAGAGCCUACUUAAUUUUAUCUUUCAUAAUUGAACAAGAUCAUCAUUUCAUGAUAGGAUCUUGACCCCUUAUUUGGGGCGUUUGUUUCAUCACUCAUGAUUUUACUGAUUCCAACGAUAAUUACUUCUUUGCAUACUAAAUGUACACGUACGAGGUACUCUCAUCCCAAUUUACUGCCAGCAUGUGCUGCACUGGUCUAGAGUAAAAUGUUUGAGUUUCAUACAUACUUUGACUCAUAUUUAACUGAAUGAUUGCUUUAAAACAUUGCACAAAUAUUAAUUAUGGAUAGUUGGUGAACUUUUCAUUAUGAUUCUAACUUUUAUUGUCUAGCAAUAUUGACCUGAGACUGAUCAGUCUUUAGGAAGUGUUCCAUUAAUUUCUUUGAAUUAUUAUGAUUCUAACAUUUAUUUUUAAAUGCUAAUGUGGUUUUCAAAUCUUCAUACUUAAAAAAGAGCUUGAAUAAUGUUUGGAACCUAGUGGUAAUUAAAAAGUGUCUUUAGUCAGAGUACAAUUUCACAUCAGAUUUUUUUUUAAUGAUUUUUAUGGAAAUUUACUUUAAAAAGAGUGGUCCAAUUUCAUUGAAUGAACUGAACUUUGGAAAAAUAGUUAGAGAUAUAGCAUUUUACAGCUUUGAACAGUUGCAUAUUUCCAUUGAUACUAGCAAGUUAUGCAGUAUGUAUAAGUUUCAAGUUAAUACAUAUACUGACAGUAAUACAUAUUGUUUCCCUUUGUGUCUUAAGGCUUCAGAAUUGCAGCCACUGUUUAUCCCUGGAUGAUUUAUAAGAGGCAACUAAAUGGGUUUGAAUUACUUAAGUCUAUGCGUCUCUAAGCUCCAGCAGGUGAGAUAGUUUUGACCCUUGAUGUUGCUUUGAGUUUGUAACACCUGAGGAUAGCCAAAAUCAUUUUUACUGUUUUGGGUCCAUAAGUCUUAAAUUGUUUUGGUGCACCAUAAAACCAGACCGAACAAAUAAACAUAUUGUCAUACCAUACAUUAAAGGCAACAUAUUUUAUUUCCUUAACAGAUAAAAAAGUCACUGGAUAAUUGAAUGUCUCAGUUCAAUAUUGCCAAACAAAAUAACAUUCUUUUCUUAUCUUAAAUAAGGUCUUUAGUAUGUGUGUUAGUAUUAUGAAGAAAUGAAUGUCUAAUCUCUUAUAAACUUUUACAUGCCACUUUUGUUCAACAUAUUGCCAUAAAGUAUGUUUCUGUAAUCAUGUUAGAAUGGAAAUAGGUCAUGUCAGUUUGUAAAUGUAUUUUAAUUUUUGUUAAUUUUUUUUUUUUUUACAGAUUUGUUUGAAAUUUCAUGGUAUUAUUUUGUUGAAAUGCUUUGUAGUUGAACUGUAUGCAGUAAAAAAAUACAUAUUAUUUCCAAAUCCAGAAGAGUCUAAAAUUUUUGCUUUCAUUCCUUUGUUAAUUUUUUCCAAACUUGAAAUACGUGAUGCUAUAUUGUUAUUGAAAGAAGAGGUUUUGGGUAAUAUGUUUUUUUUCUUCAGGAUCAAACAUUUCUAAAAGUAAUACAUACAAGUACUUGUUUUACAAGUUCAUGUACAGUACUGUAGGCCUGCAUGUAUGUGAAUUUCUUAAUCAGAUAUUGUUUAGUUAUAUAGGGCAACAGUAAUCCAAAGCAUUUGAGUGCUUUCUAUUGUUGUUCAUAUUUAUAUAAAUUAUUGAAAUACUUGAAAAUGUAAUUGAAAACACGGUAAGUGCUAUAGAGUGUGGUUAGAAUAAGUGUUUUUUCACUCAAUUUGAAAGUGUCAAUUGUUUAUGUCUUCUUUUUUUGUAAGAUUUUUAGUUCAGAUAUUUCAUUUUCAUAAUUUUCACUUUGAUAUUAUGGGUAAAUCUCACUUAAAGCUUCAUGCCUUCAGAUGAUCAAAAUAUCUCAAUAAGAUCAAACUUGAGAAAAAUGUACUAAGAUAUAAGGAAAAGUAAAAAGUUUCAAGAUUAAAGUAAUAUUUUACAUAUUAUGUGCGAUUAAAAUGACCGAUUUUUCAGUAUUUACAACUAUAUUUCUACUGUGUUACUAAUGCAGUAAAGGUUAUUUAUGAUUGGACCGCUUUUUUGUAAUUUACGUGGGGUUUGUAAGUGCCAUUGAUAAUGUGUAAAUUGGUUCCUUUUGGUUACUUCACAAUAUUACACAAUCAAAUAAAUUUUCAAGAUUUUCACGAAAUUUAGCAUGAAUCUGGAGGCAUACUGCUUUAAUAAACAAAAGUUGAAUAAGUUGAUUAUACAGGACUAUAUAUAAAUUGUCUGACUGUAGUUAAUUCAUUGAUCCAUAUAUACAUGUUCUUUAGUUUAGAAAUGUUUUUAUUUUGUUUCUAAUCACUCAAGAACACUAUAAAAAAGAGAAUAUUUAACAAAGUCAAGUAUCACUAGCCUGGUAUGAAUUGAAUGUGUAGACAUAUGACAGUGUAAUGUGCACUCAGUCAUUUUAUCCUAUUUGUAUGUCAUGAUAGUUAACCCUACAGCAGGGACGUACAAUUUCGUCACAUUAAGUCCCAGCCUACAGUUAAGUCCCAUCAGAUCAGUGACAAAACUUUCGAAAAUUGAAACAUCAUUUUAAGCAUACAUUUUACCGAAAACAUUGUCAUUUUAAAUAAGUUAUUGAGAUACUUUAGUUAUGUUUUAUGUUAUUUAACGUUCUGCAAAAUAAUUUUAAGUAUUACAUCUGUGUAUUUAUUAGCACUUAAACAUUGCCAUAUUUUCUAGUAUACUGAUUAUUGCCUAACUUACUAUUCUUAUACAAUGCAUUCACUAAUAUAUAUGAAGAAAAGUCAAAAUUCUGUUUGUGCAGUUGAAGAUUAGAAGGUCCCGAAAACUUUAGCUUUUAAUCUGCCGAAUCUUUGUUAGGGAUUUUCCCAGUCAUUUUUCAUGUUAAAGGACUUAAAUUUAACUACCAACAGUAUAAAUCCUUGUCAGCCUGUAUGGUUUUAUGUAUAUUGAGCUGCCUCUAUAGCCGUGGCAAAGGCUCUUAAAUUUGUGGCAAAGGUUCUAUACACGUGGCAAAGGCUAUAAACUCAUGGCAGAAGUUUUAUACUUGUGGCAAAGGCUAUACAUGUGGCAAAGGCUCUAUACUAGUGGCAAAUGCUCUUAUACUCAUGGCAAAGGCAAUCACUUAUGGUUUCUGCAGGUAUAGAUAAGAGUGAAACAUAAAUGAUUCACAAAGCAUGGUUAAUUUUGUAUGCAAUUUUUGGUAAGUAAUUCACAUAAAUUCUUAGCAUAAAGUAAUUUAGAUACUAAAAUGUACAUGACUUCUAUACUGGUGGCAAAGGCUCUAUAAUCUUGGCAAAGGCUAUCAUUUUUGGUCCUUGCAGGCCCGUAGAAAAGAAUGAUACAUAAAUGAUUCACAAAACAUGGUUUUGUGUGCAAUUUUUGGUAAGAAUUUCACAUGAAUUCUUAGUAUAAAGUCUAGAUAUAAAAAUGUACAUGACUUGUGUGAUUGUAUUUUGUUAUAAUAGUAUAGAAAUCUUAAGAUGAAAUGAUGUCACUGAUUUUGUGGAUGACACAUUAUUCCAAAAUAAACAAUAUUACAGCAUUCAACUUUAUAAUAUACUUUCUAUAAAUGAGCAUGUCAUGACAAACUAGUGCGUUUGUGACCAGCAUGGAUCCAGACCAGCCUGGCAUCCGCGCAGUCUGAUCAGGACCCAUGCUGUUCGCUAUCAGUUUCUCUACUUAUUAUAGGGUUUUUAAGCGAACAGCAUGGAUCCUGAUCAGACUGCGCGGAUGCGCAGGCUGGUCUGGAUCCAUGCUGGUCGCAAAUGCAUUACGUUGGUUUUGUCAUGACGCGGCUCAUAUGGUAAUUAAAUGUUCUCUUAUAUUCUAAUUUCCUGUCUUGUCAGGAUAUUAGGUUCUUUAGAGUAUUCUCUUUAUGAAUGUGGUAAUAUGAUAGUUAUUAACUUGAUACAUACACGCCUUUCCAGCAAUACCUGUGGUAGCACUUGGAUUUGAUUUUCAUGUAAUGGAAAUAUUUGUUUGACCUAUUAUAUAAUUCACAUUUGUAAGUGUAAUCAUUUACAGUUGAAUAAAUUUGAUGAUAUUCUUUUA